AAACAAUAAUAAUGCAAUUUCAUUAUUGCCCUUUGCUGACCGACCGGAUUUGUUUCAGCGGACAGCGAUUCGUUCGUCAACAACGUUGACUACUCACCUCUACCACUAGAUUGACCUCAUCUCCCACGUGUCCCCAUCUACACCAUCCACUUGAAAAUCCCCGCUCCAUGAUCGCAAACUACUGGCACAAAGGCGCGUGGAUAGCUAGAUCUGAUUAUUCAUUUAGGAAACAAAAAAAAAGGAAAAAGAAAAGGAAAGGACGUUUUUGUAAUUACAUCGAUUUGAAAAUCCUGUCGCAAGAAGUACACACACAGGAAAGAAAAAUAGGGAGGGAAGUGUACGUGCGUGUUGAUGAAAAGCGAGUUCUCUCCGAUUGGGGUCCGGCGAGAGAUCUUUUGGUUCACUGUUACUUUGAUCGGAAGAAAGAAUCGGUGGCGCGAUGGCGAGCUUGCAGUUGAUUAGAGAGAGCAGCGAGGCGGUGGAGAGGCAGAGCCAGAGCCCGAGGAGUCCCGAAGCCAAGCUCGGGAUGAAAGUGGAGGAUCUGUGGGACGUUCAAGAGCCGCAGCUCAGUCCUAGCGAGAAACUCAAUGCUUGCUUCGAGAACAUUCCCGUCUCUGCGUUCCCUGCUUCUUCUUCUCGAGUGAUUGAGAUAAAAUCGGAUACGACGCUGGCAGAGGCGGUGAAGAUAUUGGGGGAGAACAAGAUUCUGAGCGCGCCGGUGGUGAACGUCGAUGCGCCGGAGGACGCUACUUGGAUGGAUAGGUACAUCGGAAUUGUGGAGGUUGCCGGAAUCGUGGUUUGGAUUUUGCAGCAGUCAGAACCUCCGUCUCCUAGGAGUGCAAAUUCAGGAACCUCUGCUGCAUUGGCGGUGAAUGGAUUGACGAAUGCUGCUGGAGUUGGGAUCUUGGGGCCUGAAGAUGCUCAAGCAACAUCUGGAGACUUUUUUGAGGAUCUCACUUCGUCGGAAUACUACAAAAACACCAAGGUUAGAGACAUCUCGGGCUCAUUCCGAUGGGCACCGUUCCUGGCUUUGCAGAAGUCCAACUCCUUCUUGACGAUGCUGCUAUUGCUUUCCAAGUACAAAAUGAAGAGCAUCCCAAUCGUUGAUCUGGGGGAUGGCAAGAUUGACAACAUCAUCACGCAAUCUGCUGUAAUUCACAUGUUAAGCGAAUGUGCUGGGCUUCACUGGUUCGAGAGUUGGGGAGCCAAGACGGUUUCUGAACUUGGACUUCCCCUGGUCUCCCGCGAUCAGAUUAUCAAGGUAUAUGAGGAUGAACCAGUGCUCCAAGCGUUCAAGCUGAUGAGGAAAUUGAGAAUUGGUGGUGUUCCUGUUAUGGGAGGGGAUGGCAAGAAGCCAAUUGGCAACAUCAGUCUGAGAGAUGUUCAGUUCCUACUAAAUGCGCCAGAGAUUUACCACGAGUUCAGAUCUAUCACAGCCAAGAACUUUCUGUUGGCGGUGAGAAGCUACUUGAAGGAUCACGAGGAAGACACCCCAAUUGUGAGCGGGAUGAUAACAUGUAAAGGGAGCGACAACAUUAAGGACUUGAUUAUGAAGCUAGACACCAAGCAAAUCCACCGGUUAUACGUUGUGGAUGAAUCCGGGAAUCUGGAAGGAGUGAUCACCCUGAGAGACGUUAUCUCGAGGCUUGUACACGAACCCCGUGGAUACUUUGGGGAUUUCUUUGACGGAGUUCUGCCACUCCCUGCUAACAGUAGAGUCUGAGGAGGCAGCAACUCAAAGUUGUUUGUUGUUCAUGCUUCUGGUGGCCAGGUCAGGUCAGGUCAGGUCAGGUCAGCCCACACUUCCGACUGUGCUUGUUGGUUUGUCAACCAACCCUCUCAAUCACUCAAUGAUUGUAGCAAUAUAGGUCGGUUCUCCUGUAAGUAGUUCCCAGAACUCUUUCUUGACUGGUUGAGUUUUAUUUACCCUUUGUCAUGAAAACUGUAUGGUAAGUAUGUGGUGGUGGCUCACCGCCCCUGUUGUAUGAACAGCGAAUAAUCAGAACUGCUGAUUGGAAGUUACAACAUCUCCGGUGAUCUAGAGUGGUGCUUUUUUGGGUUUGAGGAUUUGCGCUCGAUUUGGAUUCAAGUACUUGAACAUCGAUUGAUCAAUCUCCUGCGUCACAUCUUUUGUUGUUGUU